CACCAGCAAUAACAUCAACCCCGACAUCCAGACCAACAGCAGCGGAGAUCCAGCGGUGCCACAGCUGCUAACGCCAAGAACAGAGGAGCAGACGGUGAAGGAGGUGCAGACUGAAAAGCCGUCCAUCUUCUCCGUGUCCAUGGCGGCCAAGUUGAACCCCAACACACUGUAUGUGCGUGAGCCGGAGCGUGCCGAUGCUGGAGAUGAAUCCUCCGACAGUGAUGGAGAACCAGAGGAAAGCUCACACAAACUCAUUCGCAAAGUGUCCACCUCGGGUCAGAUGCGUGCCAAGAAAAGUGUUAAGGAGGGAAUCCUGCUGAAACAGACCAGCUCCUUUCAGAGAUGGAAGAGACGGUAUUUCAAGUUAAGAGGCAGAACCCUCUAUUACGCCAAGGACUCAAAGUCUCUCAUUUUUGAUGAGGUGGACCUGUCUGAUGCCAGUGUGGCAGAGACCAGCACCAAGAACAUCAACAACAGUUUUACUGUGAUCACACCGUUCCGUAAGCUGAUGCUGUGUGCAGAGAGCAGGAAGGAGAUGGAAGACUGGAUCACAGCUCUGAAGUCUGUACAGAAAUGGGAGACAUAUGAGGCGAGUCAGUUUAACAUGGAACAUUUCUCUGGGAUGCAUAACUGGUACGCAUGUUCUCAUGCUCGGCCUACCUUUUGUAACGUCUGUCGAGAGGCCCUGCCGGGAGUCACAUCUCAUGGCUUAUCAUGUGAAGUGUGUAAGUUUAAAGCUCACAAACGCUGUGCUGUUCGAUCUACUAACAACUGUAAGUGGACUACUCUGGCAUCUAUAGGAAAUGACAUCAUUGAGGAUGAAGAUGGGGUUUCCAUGCCUCACCAGUGGUUGGAGGGAAACCUGCCAGUCAGUGCUAAGUGUGUGGUGUGCGAUCGGACAUGCGGAAGUGUUCGCAGACUGCAGGACUGGCGCUGCCUCUGGUGCAAAGCAAUCGUUCACAGUAGCUGUAAGGAGCAAUUGGGGAAGGUGUGUCCACUGAGUCAGUGUAAAGUCUCCAUCAUUCCUCCCACAGCUCUCAACAGCAUUGAUUCAGACGGUUUUUGGAAGGCGACGAGUCCAUCAUGUACCAGUCCUCUGUUGGUACUGGUAAACAGUAAGAGUGGUGAUAACCAGGGUGUGAAGUUCUUGCGCAAGUUCAAGCAGCUGCUCAACCCGGCACAGGUCUUUGACCUCAUGAAUGGAGGACCACAACUGGGACUUCGCCUGUUCCAGAAGUUUGUGACGUUUCGUAUCCUGGUGUGUGGUGGUGACGGCAGCGUCGGCUGGGUGCUGUCUGAGCUAGACAAACUCAACCUGCACAAACAGUGCCAGUUGGGCGUGCUUCCUCUGGGCACGGGUAAUGACCUGGCUCGGGUGCUCGGCUGGGGCGGUCUGUGUGAUGAUGAUGCACAGCUGCUGCAGAUCCUGGAGAAACUGGAAAGAGCCACCACUAAAAUGCUGGAUAGAUGGAGUGUAAUGACGUAUGAAGUUCCAACUAAAAACGUUCCUGCUAUUGUUAAGGAGGACGACACACUGGAUUCCCCACUUCAGAUUACUCACUAUGCCGACUCUGUUGCUACCCACCUGACAAAAAUCCUGGACUCGGACAAGCACAGUGAUGUCAUAUCCUCUGCUAAGUUUUUGUGUGGGACGGUGAAUGAGUUCGUGGCUGAAGUUGGAAAAGCCUAUGAGAAAGCCACAGAGAAUAAAGAGGAGGCGGACGCGAUGGCUAAAAAGUGUGCCAUGCUGAACGAGAAGCUGGACUCUCUGGUGCGCGCACUAAGCGAAGAAGCCGAUGCCCAGCUGGUACCCGCCGGCUCCCAGAUGCCUGAGCAGGAGGGCGAGUCAAGCAACCCUGAUGCCCCCAGUGUCCCCAGACCCUUCCGAUCCAAAGAGCAGCUGAUGCUGAGAGCCAACAGCCUGAAGAAAGCACUGCGACAGAUCAUAGAGCAAGCCGAGAAAGUGGUGGAUGAGCAGAACAGACAUACUCAGGUUCAGAGGGUGUCUUCAUCCUCAUCUAUCAAAAGAGGUAGCAGUGAGGAUCUCAAGGAGGCAGAGCCACGUCAGGCCACUCUGAGUCCCACCUCCACUGCCCCUAUAGUGCUGGAAAAACCAGAUAACAGCAACUUAUCAGUGUCUUUUACUGAGGAAUCUGUGCAGUGCACAGAGAAGUGUGUGAUGAAUAAUUACUUUGGGAUCGGCCUGGACGCCAAAAUCUCUCUGGAGUUCAACAACAAGAGGGAUGAGCACCCGAAAAAGUGCAGCAGUCGAACUAAAAACAUGAUGUGGUAUGGCGUGCUAGGCACCAAAGAGCUUGUCCAGAAAACCUACAAGAAUCUGGAACAGAGAGUACAACUGGAGUGUGAUGGAGUGCCCAUGUCUUUGCCCAGUCUGCAAGGUCUGGCAGUGCUUAACAUCCCUAGUUAUGCAGGGGGCAUUAACUUCUGGGGUGGUACCAAGGAGGAUAAUAAUUUUGGAGCGCCAUCAUUUGACGAUAAGAAGCUGGAGGUGGUGGCAGUGUUUGGCAGCAUGCAGAUGGCCAUGUCUCGUGUCAUUAACAUACAACACCACCGCAUCGCUCAGUGUCGGCAGGUGAAGAUCACUAUUAAAGGAGACGAGGGUGUACCUGUGCAGGUGGAUGGAGAGGCCUGGAUUCAACCACCAGGCGUUGUUCAGAUCGUCCACAAGAACCGGGCUCAGAUGCUCACCAGAGAUCGGGCAUUUGAGAGUACGUUAAAGUCAUGGGAGGACAAAAGGAAGUAUGACAGCUGCCGUUCUUCUAGGCCUCGUCUCAAUUCCCAGCAGUCUAUGGAGUACCUGACCGAGGAGGAGUGUGCACAGGUGCAGCAGCUCGGCCUGGUGGCUGAUACUCUAAUCAACAGGAUACGUGAGGUUGCUAAGACUCAUAAGGUGGUGGAGCAGGAGUUGGCUCAUUCAGUUAAUGCAUGUGCCGCUGUUCUGUCUGAGGCUUUUCCUUCCAAACCCUCCAGCCCAGAGUGUCUGAGUCGCAGCACCGCAGUGGAGCUUGUAAACAGCAGCAAAGUGUUACAACAGGAGACUAAGAUGCUGUUAGAGGGAAAACUUCUGCAGUUAGAGGCUCCACAGGAAGAAGAGCUGCUUUCCACACUCAAUACUCUCAGUGCCGAGUUAAUCAAACUAGAGGACAUCCACUGGAUCUGUCCCAGCAUGCAUUGCUCUGAAGAGGACUCAUCCCGAGCAAGCGCUAAGAGCAGUAUUAAGCUGAAGAUCAUGCCCAAAGUAAAGAAGGAGAAAGAGAAGCUGCAUAAACAGCGCUCCAACAGUUCUCUAUCAGAGAGAUGGGGUGCUGAGGAGGUGGGGACGUGGCUGGAUUCACUGGGGUUGGGGGAGUACAGGGAGAGGUUUAUGGCACGGGACAUCCAGGGGCUGCAGCUGGUUCAGCUUCAGAGACAAGACCUAAAGGAACUUGGGAUUUCAAAGGUGGGGCAUGUGAAACGGAUCCUGCAGGGAAUUGAAGAGUUGGACGGGCUGUUGUAGUGUUAGUGAAAGCACCACGCCACGGAAAGCUGCUUUUAAAUGGAGGAAACAGUGUUUGGAGCUAAAUAUCAAACACACACACACAUACAUUUGCGUAUGUGUGUGAGCAGCUG